AGGGUAAAUUAUCAAGGAGUCGAAGUCCUUGUGGUACUUUUUCAAUUUGGAUGAAAUCCUGUUAAUUAUUGUACUAAUAUUCAUAAAUUUUUGGAUUUGAAAUUUUAUACAUAAACUGUAUUAUGUAUAAUAUUGUGGUGGUGUGAAUAUAUUUAAGAAAGAAAUCAUACCUUUUUGAGAUAGUUGACGUUUUGGAAACCCUCGUCAGUGUAGUGUUUUAAAAAUGGAACCCUGUGCUCCAGGUACUGAAGAUGAUCCUCCGAUCAUGUUUUCGACACUAACAAUGAAGGAAAACGAGCAGCAACGAGUACUCGGCUUGAAGGCAUUCUUAAAGAACAACAAAUAUGGAAAUGUCUUUGAAUUAUCUUACUCGGGUGGCGUCGAGAAGUGGUAUUGUAAUAUAUGCGAGUGUCCCGUCAUGGGACGUAUUUUCCAACAUGAGACGGGUCGAAGACACAUGCAAAAUUUGGUUUCGAACUCUAAUAACGCCGAAAAUGAGAAUAAAACUCCCGUUGUCGAAGAACGGGAGACCGUGGAGGUAGCACCAGGAGAACCUUUGCCUCCAGGUUUUGAUGAAACUGAUAGGAUAGCACAAAUUCAGGAACGCAUUGAUGGAUUUAAAGUGGGACCGCUAGUAGCACUAGAAUAUCUCUUCGAACUACAGGAUGAUGACCCCAGUAAAGAGCCGUUGUAUUUGUGCCUAUUGUGCGAUAAAAGAGGAGACCCAAGAACUAUCUUGAUUCAUUUGUCCAGCUAUAAUCAUAUUUCGCAGUAUUUGCAAAAACAUUUUCCGACCAGUUGGCGGCUCCUUGCUCCUUACAAUACCAAACAAUACAAACGAAAUUGGCAAAAUGCCUUACAUAAAGUCUCGGAAGGUAUAGAGAAAAAAUUUGGACGCCUCAAGCCUUUUCCCAUCGAGAAAGAUAAAUUUGACAAAGAUAGAAUGCAUUAUCUCCAGCUCGUUGUCAAAGGACCUCAUUUUUCUGAACGUAGUGGCUAUACAUUUGAAGAAUUGAUCGUACAUGAUGAGCUAAUCAAAGUUUACGAAGGCGAAGAUAAAAGUUAUGAAUCUUCCAUUACCAAUAAUUGGGGCAGCGCAUCUUUCAUUGAGAAACCGUUUAAAAAACGAAGCCCAUCACCUCCUGUAGUUGAGACGCCUUCUAAGAGAAGUAAGAAAAAACAAGAGCCAGCUUUUAUACAAGAUAAAAAUACUGCUCCUUCUCAAGCUAAAAAAUUAGUUUCCGAUAAGGCACAAGAAAAUAAGCCUGGUAUAGCAGCUGCUCGCCCUGGCAUUAGGAGAAGGUCCUUGUCCAGUGUAUCCAGCGCUUCAGAUCUAAGCGAUGGUGAAAAAAACGUGCCGAAUCAAAGUAUCGGUCGAAAUUUACCACCUGUAUUAGGUGGCAGACCUCCACUAAGAGAUGCACCAAGAGGUAGAUCUCCGCCACGUAAGGAUCCUCCAUUUCCCAGCCGAAGACUUAGCCCUAGACGAAGAUCUCCGUUUAGACGUAGAUCGCCAUCACCUAGACGUCGCUCUCCGCUAUCACCUAGACGUCGUUCUCCGCUAUCGCCUAGACGUCGUUCUCCGCUAUCACCUAGACGUCGUUCUCCGCUAUCACCCAGGCGUCGCUCUUCGCUAUCACCUAGACGUCGCUCUCCGCUAUCACCCAGACGUCGCUCUCCGAUGACUAAACGUAGAUCUCCGUACAGAAGACUGUCGCCAAAACGUCGUUCUCAAUCUCCCACUUACAGGGAAGAACAAGAAAAAGAAAAAAUGAGAAAAGUUGAAGAGUUCAGAAAACUUUCAAGGGCAAUUGAAAAUGAUAUGAUUAAAACUUUGAAGCAACAUGAGAAAAAUCCCGAAAAACAUCCUCAAUAUAAUGAAGAAUGGAAGAAGUUUUGGAAUCUAAGGUACAAAGAAUUAAAAUUGCAAGGUGUUGACGUUACCAAAUACGAUUUUAAACCAGAAUGGAUACAAUUCUGGAAUAAACGCAUGGUAGAAUUACAUAGCGACGAAGUGAGAAAAAGAAAAGAUGCUUUGAGAAAUCGUUUGGGACUUCCUGUCAUCAGUUUUAAAAUCGGAGCUGGAGCAGUUAAUACUGUACCCGCAGUUGCUAAACCACUUCCGAUGGCAGCUCAACCCGAUCAAGAUGAUGAAGUUAUUGUUAUUGAGGAUAAGGAAGAGGAUCUAAAAGACAAAAAUUCUGUGGGACAAAGGGGUAUUAUAGGUCCAAAGCUACAGAAAGCUCGUUCUCCGAGUCCAAAAUCAAGAGACAGAAAAAUACGAAUUAGUCCUAAACGUAUUAUUCGUUCAAGAUCCAGAAAUCGUUCAAUAUCAAGAGAUUUAUCUUAUGGUAGACGUAUUUCACCCCCGAAUUCAAGAUCUAGAAAACGUUCAAUAUCGAGAGAUUUAUCUUAUGGUAGACGUUCUUCUUCCCCGAAUUUAAGACCUAGGGACUAUCGAGGUAAAGAUUACAAAAUAUCCAAGUCACCCUCCAGAAAUCGCUCCCGUUCCAGAAAUCGUUCCCGUUCCAGAAAUCGUUCACGUUCCAUAAUUCGUUCCCGUUCCAAAAUUCGUUCCCGUUCCAGAAAUCGUUCCCGUUCCAUAAACCGGUCCCGUUCCCGAAAUCGCUCUCGUUCCAGAAAUCGUUCCCGUUCCAGAAAUCGAUCACUUUCCAGAAACCGAUCUAUUGCUAAAAAUUCACCAGUACGUCGAAGAUCAAAAUCCAGAGAGAGGAGUUGGGAAAGAAAGCGAGUGGUGAGAGAAACUUCGUUUGAAAGAGAUUUGAAAGGAAGAGAAAGAAUAAGAACUGUAGCUGAUUUACCUUGGGAUGUUAGACCACAUGUAGAUCCUUACCAUAUGCCAAUUAUGCGUGAUAGAAUUCCUAUAGAUGUAAGGGGUCUAUCUCCAAAAGAAGAGGACGACAACACAGAAGUUAAUGUGGUCGUAGUUCUUCGUAUUCUUACUGCACUCGAAGAUCGCUUAGGAUCCUUAGGCCCCAAAGUUAUUGAUCUUUUAGCUCAAGCUUUAGCUUUGGAAAAAAAUGAGGCCAAUAGCUCAGAUCAGCUACUCGACAAUGAUAUAAAUUGUGUUUUAUUCGAAACGGUGAAGGAAAAAUUGAAAGGUCAAAUGAUUGCUGGGCUAGUAGACCAUAUUCAACAACGAGCGUUCAAAAAAGCUAUAAAGAAGAUAGCGGCUUUGAUGCACGAGGCUGGUCAAAGAAAGAAACACCGAGAAAAACUUCUUCCAAAGGAAACCGGACCAAGUACUGGCGUGGAUAAAGCUGCUAUUGCUAGACAAAUCGCUAACGCUCUUAUAGCUCAAGGAAAAACAGAUGUCACACAAGCUGAAUUGGAACAACUUAUUAAUGCAGUGGUUGCUAUGGCAGAAGCAUCCAAAGUUACAACAAAACCUGUAACAACUGCAGGAUUCCUACAAAUGAUGACCGGUGCAGGAUCUCAAAAUAAAUCCUCAGACAACGUUAACUUAGAUCAACUAACAGAACCUCUAACUCCAAGUCCAGGGAAAAAUUCUACAAGUAAUAUGGAAAACCUAUCAGAUUCAGAUUUACAAACUCUUUUGCAAAAUUUCAAAGAUCUGUCAACUGAAGAACAACACAAUCUAAUAAAUUAUUUAAAAAAGCUAGAGCUUCAGGAACCCGAACGAGUAGAAAAAUUAAGGAAAUUUGUCAGUUUAGAUUCAAAUUCCAAAGAUGAUCAAAAAGAAACAGAAAACGAUGAUGAUGAAGAUAAGUCAAACUCUAAAGAUGGCCAAAAGAGUCCCAGUUCAGUUAAUAAUAGUAAACUUAUCAACAUUGACUCCGAGGAAGAAAAUGAAGACGAGGAGAAAAAAGAAACAGAGUCAGAUAAACAGGAUAAAAAGGUAACGGUAGACUCUGAUGAAGAAGAAUAUUCAUUUGACGAUGUUGUUAAAUCAGUCAAAGAUAAAGAAAUUGAACGUACAAAAACUGUAUUAGAAGAUACCCUCAAGUACGAUAGCUCAAAACCUAACUUAAAGAGUGCUAAAGAUUUAAUAUCGGAUCUUAUGAGUAAUAUUACGAAGAAGAAUGCUUCUACAUCAAAAAGUGUUGAUUUAUUAGGAUUGGGGAAACCUCCUGCAUCGAAUCCUUCUAUGACGAAUGUUGAUUUGAGCAAAUUAUUAAAUAUUAAUAUUGCAAGUCUCGCUAGUAUAGUAAAUAACGUUAAAAGUAUGACUUCAAAUGACCCCACUACCACAAAUAUUACCCCUGGAUCUCCAAAGAGAACUCAACAUAAAUUGAAUUUUGAUCUUUCGCUACUUAAAUCAGACGAUAAUAAGGUUUCGUCAAAUGAAGACAAUCCAUUUGUUGGACCAAAUAAAUUUGGUCCUAAUCGCUUUGGCCCAGGUGACGCAGGGGACAUGAAUAGAUUUGGAAAUAAUUUUGAUAGAUUUCCACCCGAUCAAAAUAGAUUGCCAGUUGGCGGUCCAGGCAUGAUGGGAGCAAGAGUUCCUGAACGAUUAGGGCCUGGACCUGGAGGACCCGACCUGUUUGGACAGGAUAGAUUUGGACGUGGAGGACCAGAUCGUCUUGGUCCUGGAGGACCAAAUCAGUUUGGCAUUGGAGGACCAAAUCAGUUUGGUCCUGGAGGACCAGAUCGGUUCGGACCCGGAGGCCCGGAUCGGUUUGGACCUGGAGGACCAGACCGAUUUGGACCCGGACCAGAUCGGCUUGGUAUCGGAGGAGGGGAUCGGUUUGGACCUGGAGGACCCGAACGGUUUGGACCUGGAGGACCAGAUCGAUUUGCACCUGGAGGACCAGAUCGGUUUGCACCUGGAGGACCAGAUCGAUUUGGACCUGGAGGACCAGAUCGUAUUGGGCCUGGCGGUUCUGAUAGAUUUGGACCGGGCGCUCAAAACAGACUAGGUCCUGGAGGACCACCUAAGACAUUCGGAGCUGACGGUCCAGAUAAAUUUGAUAUUCCUGGACCAGAUAGAUUUGACGCAAGAGGUCCGGUGAGGAUGCCUGCAGGACCAGACAGAUUUGGUGCUGGAGGCCCCAAUAGAUUUGGUGGGGGUCCAAAUAGAAUGGAAGACAAUCUUGAAGGCUUUGGCGGUCCUGAUAGGGGAUUCGGUCAUUCCGAUGGAGGGAUGACAGGACUUGGAGCACCAAGAGGUAUGGGUCCUAGAAUGAGUGGGCCUAAUAGUUCGAGAGGAGGCAAUAAUCACUUUAAUAGAGGUGGACCAAGACCAGGUCCAAGAGGUUUACAGAGAUUGCCAGCUCCAGAUUUCAAUCGACCAGUUGGAAACUUUAAUAAUAGGUGGUAGAUUUAAAUAGUUGUAGUAAAAUUGAUGUAUUAAUAAAUAUUUCUGACUACACUUGAAUUAUCCUGUAUAGUUUCUUUAUUUCUAUGUUAUGUUUCUUUCUAAAGUAAAACAAGUAUUGGUCUUACAAAAUUUCAUGAACUUGAGUCACUCAUUUCGUGAUGUCAAUCUAUGACCGAAGUUAUGAAAUCCAACAUUACUGAAAACAUUUAUUUGUCUGUAGUGCGUUCUCAUAGCAAGACAGGUGUCCAAGUUAUUCUUUUAGUAGUCGUUUUUAAUACUUCAUAUUUAAUUUAGUAUGAAAUUAAAAUAGUCAAUGUUUUUUGGAUUCAUUUUUUGUUCCAGCCUGUGCAUUUCCAAGGUUCAUGAAGUUUUGAAUAAUCCCUAACUUAUAAUAUUUGACUUGAUUUUUUACUUAUUUUUACAGUUGUUGAUAGUAAAUAUUAAUAAUGUGCAGUCAAUAUAAUAUUUAUAUUG